GAAAAGGACACGGCGGAAGAAAUGACGAAACCAGUAUUGAUGAUGAGCUCGAGAAUUUUGGGUGAGAGUGAUCAGGCGAUCAGUCAAAUUAGGACUGAUAAGUCAUCAAUCAUUGAAGCUGAGAGGAAAAUGGUUGGGCCGGGUCGACCCCAGUUCGUGCUAUUCGGGUCGUCCAUUGUUCAGAUGAGUUUCAAUGUUGGAGGAUGGGGAGCUAUUCUUGCUGAUCUCUACGAUCGUAAGGCAGACAUAUUACUACGAGGAUAUUCUGGCUGGAAUUCGAGGCGCGCUCUUCAAGUCUUGUACCAAAUUUUCCCAAAGGAAGCAGCUGUUCAUCCAUCUUUGGUUAUAGUAUAUUUUGGUGGUAAUGAUGCAAUGCACCCUCACCCUAGUGGCCUAGGUGCCCAUGUUCCUUUGCGGGAAUAUCUUGAAAAUAUGAAAAAGAUUUAUCUUCAUCUCAAGAGCCUUUCAGAGAAGACAAGGAUAAUUUUUCUUACUUCUCCUCCUGUGAACGAGGCAAUGAUUCGUGAACAUUUUGGUAAUGCACAUGAUAAUCAAGAUCGGACGAACAAAUCUUGCCGUGUAUAUGCUGAAGCUUUGGUGGACUUGUGCAAACAAUUGGACGCUAAAGUUGUCAAUCUUUGGACGGCAAUUCAACAAAAAGAAGAUUGGGCAACAACUUGCUUAACGGAUGGAAUCCAUUUUUCACCUGAAGGGAGCAAAAUCGUGGUGAAGGAGAUAUUGAAGGUUAUCAAAGAGGCUGAUUGGGAACCAAGCCUCCAUUGGAUGUCAAUGCCAAUCGAAUUUGGGGAAGAUUCACCAUAUUACAUGGCUCGUCCUGAUGGUAAAACCACUAUCAACUACUCUAAUGCCAUUUCUAGUUGGAAAACUGAGUGGAUGAAGAAUGGCAUUACUUCAAAGCUGUGAGCUCAUGGUCUACCUAGAUUCUUGUAUCCAACAAAUAUAAUGCAGAAAUUGUAUGGUUGUUUUGUUCUUAAGAGUUCAUGUAAUCCCACAUCUAUGUAGUGUUUGUUACUCGAAACUUAGUCUUGUAAUUAAAUUCGAAAUAUUGCGUUCAUUGGUCAAAGUAUCUUGGCUUCCAAUUUUA